UUUCGUUGUAUUUCGUACGGAAACUUGAAGAAAAACUCUGUAGAUUCCAUUAUGUACAUCAGCUGUUUUUUUUUCAACUCCAAAAAUUCACUCCACCACCUCCGAGUCUUCUGAUGAUCUCACAUUGACAAAAUUCGCAAGUUAUCACGAAUUGUUUAUUUUUAGUACCGAAAAUAUUCUUGCAAAACUAGUUGUGAAGAUGGUGCGUCUCAGUCGAACUACGUUUGUAGCCAGUGUUCUGGAAUAAUGUCAACAAUGAAGAGAACAAAGUCACAUAUUUUCUACGAUAUUUAUAACCAGCCUUAUGAUUACGGAGUCAGGACAAAGCUUUAUUCCAGCAGUAAAGCGAGUCUCCAAUUGAUCCAACGUAUGUCCCUCCUGAAGCGUCUAAAAGUCCACAAUGGCUGCGUAAACUCAAUCUGUUGGAAUAGCACUGGUGACCUGAUCCUCUCAGGGAGUGAUGACCAACACCUUGUGCUCACAAACACCUACAAUUACAAGGUGCAGACAGAUUACAAGACAAGUCACAGAGCAAAUAUCUUCAGUGCUAAAUUCCUACCUAACAGUGGAGAUCACAGGAUUGUGUCGUGCAGUGGAGAUGGCAUAAUCCUCUAUACAGACCUCAUGAGGAAAUCAGAGACAUUUCACAAUCAGUUUACCUGCCACAGUGGAACAACUUACGAAAUAGCAACAGUACCUGGUGAGCCCCACAGUUUUCUCAGUUGUGGAGAGGAUUGCACUGUCAGAUACUUCGAUCUGAGGGUCAAAACCUCCUGCAAUACUCCAAGAUGCAAAGACGAUAUUUUGAUCUCAUGUCAACGUGCUGUAACUGCACUGUCUGUGAAUCCAACGAUGCCUCAUCAUCUGGCGAUUGGAUGCUCCGAUAGCACUGUCAGAAUUUAUGAUCGACGAAUGCUGAAUGUUCGUGAUCCAGCCUGGACAGAUGGAACGAACACAUCGGCUAUUCCACUGUCACUCUUCACUGUCCCUGAAUUCGAAGGAAAUUCGUACAGAAUAACGUCCCUUAGUUACAGUCCAGAUGGCAAUGAUGUUCUUGUUAGUUACAGCAGUGAUCAUCUGUAUUUAUUUAGUGCAAAGGAUUAUGGAUCGAAGCAGUUGAAGAAAGAAUCUGCGAGUAGAUCGAAAAACAAGAAGUAUCCAGUGAGAUCCCCUCAGCCAGUGAGAAGACUGAGAUUGAGAGGCGAUUGGUCAGAUACUGGGCCAGAUGCACGUCCAGAGAGAGAGGGUGGACGACGAAGUGGAACCGAAAUAGCACAGGCCAGACCUGUUCUGCAUACGUCACUGAUGCAGAGGAUGACUGAUGUGCUCAGCAGAAUGCUAAAUGAUCCAGCGACGAGGGCUGCUCUCAGUGGAGGUGGCGAGGACAGUCUCGAGGGUGUCAUUGAUCAACAGGCAGAGGCUCAACAGCAGUCUGAUGAAUCUAAUCCGGAAAUUCAGGAGGAUAGGAGUGAUUUACAGAGUAUGGAUACUGAAUCUAAUGCUCAAGCCAUAGAUGAAACUCACGAUAAUGAAAAUAUGGACACAACAGUCGAGAAUAUUUCAUUACCAACUAAUGAAGAAUCCCUUGAGACUGAAGAAGCAUCAGACACAGUUGAUUCACCCGAGGAGAAUCCCCUCAUCUCAGUAAACGAUGAAAAUUCUCACAUAUCAAUUAAUGAGGAAUCUAGUCAGUCAGAGACUGCCAAAACGUCAAUUCAAUCACUCACGACGUUGAGCAUAUCCCAGGAGGGGGAGAUGAGUGAGUCGAGGGAUGAGGUUGAGAGUGAAGCAGCUAAUAUGGACAAUUCCAGGGACGAGAGCAUGAUGGAGAAUUUGCAGGACAGACUGACGUCCAUGAGAGACGGUUUUCUCGAAAAACAUGGUAGUGAACCUGCUGUUAGUCUCACAUACUCGGACAAAAGUUCAACAGGCGCUACGAUAUCCAUGGGAGUUGCUAAUGAAGUUAUUCGAGAGAGUUAUCAUGCAGGACCUUCUGGGAGUCAGAGUUUAGAAGAAGGUACCACCGGGGCAGGCCCAAGCAGCAGUAGGAACCAAUCUUCUUACAACAAUGUCAGAGAACAUACAGACGAAGAUGUAUAUAAUGAUAGUGAUGAUGAAGAGGAAGAAUCGGCUCGAAGAAGAGUAAAUCCAAUUGAAGAAGAAAUGGACAAAGCAGUGGCUGAAGCCCACGCCUCCUUAGGUCGCUCUGAAUCCUUCGACGAGAGCCGUUUCACAGAGCUACGAGUAAAGCAAAAGUACAUGGGACAUCGCAACGCCAGGACCAUGAUCAAAGAAGCAAACUUUUGGGGCGACGAAUUCGUCAUGUCUGGGAGUGACUGCGGACAUGUAUUCGUUUGGGAGAGAGACACUGCUAAGUUGUGCAUGCUGUUGGAGGCUGACCAGCACGUCGUUAAUUGCCUCCAACCACAUCCGUAUUUGCCGAUGUUGGCUACCUCUGGCAUUGAUUAUGAUGUUAAACUAUGGGCACCUAUCAAUGAGGAGGCUAAUUUCGAUGUCAACUUUGCUGAGGAUCUUCAGAAGCGUAACGCAGUGAUGCUGGAGGAGACGAAGGAUACGAUAACGGUGCCCGCUGUAUUCAUGAUAAGGAUGCUGGCGUGUCUCAAUCAAAUACGAAGAGGAAGAGGAAGAAAUCGCAGAAGAAGUGGAGACGAAGGAGACGACAUUCGAGGUGGAUAAAUUGCAUAAAAACCCGUCCUCCCUUCACUUGUUGAUUCACAAUUUUCGUAAGGAGAAGAAUAGAGAGAAGAAAAAUUGUACGAAUGAACGUGUGAAGACAUCAGUCCAAUGUUGAUCCUUUAACUGCAUUUUUUGUUCCCUUUUCAUGUAAACGAAUUUUUAAAGGUUUCUCGGAGUGUUAUCCCCUCAUCUUGUAUUUUUAUGGUUUUUUCAUGGUUGGAUGAAUCAUUGUUCUUGAAAAAUCACUUCCACACUGCCCUGGUUAAUAAAUUACUCUUCAUAUCCACGGGUUCAUUAAAAUCAUAGGAAUUGUUGUGAAACUGUGCCUUAAGUGGUGAAUCGCUGAUUGUAAGUUCUCGAUUUGGGUGGUGAAAUGUCAAUUCAUAAAAUUCUCAUACGUAAUUGUUUUAAGAAUUAGUGGUUUUAGAGGAGAAUGUUGAGAGGUAUUUUUUUAGGUGAAAAAAUUGUCUACAAAAAUUUCUGUUUAUUCUUUCCUCUAAAAUUUCUCACGAUCGAGAUAAUUUCGUAAUUAGCAGAUAUGAAUAUCCUUAUUCUUUCAUCAUAAUGAAUUAUUAAUUAAUUUCUUGUGGAGAAUUUUUUGUUUCUGCAAAAAAAGUUUAACAUUUUUUUGAAAUUCUUGACGUGAAAUUUGUUUUUCAAGUGAUGUCAAAAUUGGCAGAAGUAAUCUUGUCUGAUUAGAAUUAUCUCGGUACUGAGUAGUUUUAGGGGGAAAUGUCACUCAAAAAGUGUCUUCUGAUAUUUUUACUUAAAACCUCUUGUUAUCGAGAUAAUUUGACGUUAAAAAAAAACCACGAAAUUUGUCUUUUUCAAUUGAUUUGUGAAAUUGGAAGAUGUUUUAGUAUUUGCAUAGAACUAUCUCGAUGAUGAGUGAAUUGAAGAGAAAAUAUCAGAAGACAUGUCUUGCAGUUGAGAAAAUUCUCUACAAAGAAUGUCUUCUAAUAUUGUAUUCUAAAAAUACUCGUUUACGAGAUAAUUGUGUAAUUACACAGAUGAACAGGUUAAUCAUUUCAUCCUGAUGAACUAUUGAUUGAUCGAACUCUUGACUCGUCUCGAAGAUGGGCGAUUUUACUGGAAAAUGUCUGCACCAAUAUUGUCUUCCGAUAAAUUUUUUUGAAACCACUCAUUAUUGAGAAAAUUUCAUGUUAAUGAAGAUGUGCAAUUUACCAUUUUUUAAUUAAUCCUCUAAAUUGGCAGAUAUUUACUUGUUUUGUUGGAAUUAUUUCAAUAGUGAGUGUCAAUAGACAUUUUGCAGCUGACGAAAUUGUCCAAAAGUCUAAAACAUUUCCUUCUAGAAUUACUCGCUUACGAGAUAAUUCAAUUGAAAUUAGUAAAGUUGUUGAUAAUGAUGCACGUUCCAUCACUCGAAUCCGGAGUUUGAAGUAGACAAUAUAAUACUUAGAUAAAAAACGCGUAAUUAUCAAAAUAUAAGUUGGAUCUAAAUCGCUGGGUAGAUGAUCAGAACUUGAUUCGAGUGCAAUAGAGAGUAUUUUACGUUUCGCAAUAGAAGAGAAUGCUGGUACAUGUGACGAUGGAUUGAGUGAGAUUGUAUCAUUCUGUUAUUUGUAAUAAAAAAUGUAUAAAGAAAAUAAAAAAAAAUCAUAAUUGAAUCAA